AUAUGGUGCUGUCGAUAGUGCAGAAUUAUCUCACCAAGGAAAGACAUUGGCUGGUAGUGAACUUUAUCUCAUCCGCUCCGGAUCGUCGUGUGAGUUGGUUAUAA